AUGGAUACCUGCUCGGCCGCUCUGCUCAACUACAGCCUGCAGUACCAGUGGCUCUCCGACUCGGACCUCUCUAGCAUCUCCUCCUCAGAGACCCUCUCGCCUGGCCUCUCCAUGGACUCCAGCCUCUCUCCCUCCUCUUACCAGCAGCUGCAUCAGUCCACUCCUAAGGGGGCCCAGAGCGGCUACGCCCAUACCCUCAAGUGCUCGCCCUGCUCGCAGUCCGGACGCGGCAGGAAGUCGGGCCGAGGCAGCCGGAUGCGCAGCAAGCAGAGGGAGAGCGCCAGCGAGAAGGAGAAGCUGAGGAUGCGGGAUCUGACCAAGGCUCUGCAUCACCUCCGGUCCUACCUCCCGCCAUCAGUGGCCCCCGCAGGACAGACCCUGACCAAGAUAGACACCCUCCGGCUCACCAUAAGCUACAUCUCCUACCUGUCGGCCCAGCUGGGCCUCAGCGAGGAGGCGCUUUUCCAGAGGAGGGAACAAGGCGACACCUCGACCAGCGAGGCGUCCUCGCCAGACAUCCUCGGCUACUUCCAGCACGGCGCCGUUGGGGGACAGGAGGCCCUGAACCAGAGCCUGAACCAGAGCCUGAACCAGAGCCUGAACCAGAGCCCGUACCAGGCCCAGUGCCACAGCCAGGGCACCGUGCUGCAUUCUGGGAGCUGUGGUUUUGGGGCAGAUCGGUACGACAUGCAGUACUUUGAGGGUCCAAUGGGAGACACGAGCCUGGGGGGCAUCCUGCAGUCCUCUCCGGAAACACAGUCCUGCUGUCAGAUGGGUGACUGCACGCCGUUGGUUCCCAGAGAGUAUUGGGGUUGA